UUCAUUCCUUCUACGUGUAUUCAGACAUUUUACAGUUUCGACACGUAGGAGAUACUUCCGUUCCUUUGUUGAGAACGAUCGCCGUCAUGCCAAGGUCCCGACAAGAAAACAUAGUCAAUACUUAUAUAGCACCCCACUACCUUCCUCUUAAAUUGUUCAACUUUGAAACAAUCGACAUUAUAAUAACGAAUGAAACGGGUGAGGUAGUACCAUUUGAACGUGGGAAAGUGCUAGUUACGUUACAUUUUCGAGAACGCUCUUCGCGAUUAUCCUAAAUAAAAGUAUGUACCCUUACGCAACGAACCGUGUACUCCGUAGUCACGUGUUCCAUAAUCAGAUGGGGCGUGGUCUACCCGUAUUCAGAGGAGCCGCUAUGCAACGUGGACACGGUCUAGGGAGUCUGGUCAAGGGUCUUUUUCGUGCAGCUACUCCUUUAUUGAAGAAAGGGGCCUUUGCAUUGGGAAAGGAAGCCAUGUCGACGGGUGUCAAUAUUAUGCAAGACACCCUCAGCGGUCAAUCAUUGAAAUCUGCGGCUAAGAGAAAUGUCAAGAGAGCUGGAAAACGUUUGGCGGGUAAAGCUAUGGGAGGUGUGCGCAAGAAAAUGAAGGCAAAAGCGAAACAAAGAGGAGGUGCUCGCUUUCUACUCGUGAGAGAUGUUAAAAAGCAGUCGCGGGGUAGAAAACGUGUCAUUAAAGCUAAAGGCCGGCGUACGAAAAGACCUCGCGUGGAAGAUAUUUUUGAUUAAUAACGACUGGAGUUAAACUGUAUAAACAUGUCUCUUUUACAUGAAAAAAGCGACGCUUGUUGUAAAUCUGAACUUGAUUUGUUCACGGUACCACACACUCAACUUAGUAUUACCAAAGGACCCUUUAUAGAAUAUCACCCCGUCAGUAAUAUAACCGAUACAGGACCUAUUGAAUUCAACGUCGCUGGAACGGCCGAAGAGUAUGUCGAUCUUUCGCAAACCAUGCUACAAGUUUCUGUCAGAGUAUUGAAAGCAGACAAUACGCCUAUCACCGCCGAUGACCCCGUAGCACCUGUGAAUCUCUUCCUCCCUUCACUUUUUAGUCAGGUGGAUGUCAUGUUGAAUGAAAAACUGGUAUCACAACCCUCCAAUACAUACCCUUAUAGGGCAUUAAUGGAGACGUUACUACACUACAACAAGGAGACAAAAGACUCGCAGCUUACACAACAGCUGUAUUACAAGGAUGAAGCGGGGAAAAUGGAGGUGGUAAAUCCUUUAUUGCAAGGAGAGCACGGGAAUCAAGGACUCGCAAAAAGACACGGAUUCAUCGCUGAGAGCAAACUUCUUUCUAUGCUGGGACCCAUCUACGCAGACGUGUUCUUUCAAGAAAGAUUAUUAUUACCGGGGGUUGAUUUGAAACUCAAGUUGAAUCGUAGUAAAGACGCAUUUUGUCUUCUUUCUUCAAAAGCAAACGCGGCCUACAAAGUAAAGAUCGAAUCUGCUGCCCUCUUCGUUCGCAGAGUCAAGACGAGCCCUUCCAUCAUGAUUACCCAUGCCAAGGCCUUGGAGAAAACAACUGCCAAAUAUCCACUCAACAAAGUGGAUGUACGCUCUUUCUCAAUUCCUACUGGAAACAUGUCCAUCAACCGAGACAACCUAUUUUUAGGACAACUACUAAACCGUAUCAUCAUCGGGUUAACUGACAACGACGCCUACAACGGUAGUUAUGCCAAAAACCCCUACAACUUUAAACAUCUGAAUAUCAACUAUAUAUCAGUGACGAUCGACGGAGAAACGGUUCCCAUGCGCCCUUUACGGCCCUGCUUUGAAGAGGGAGCGGGUCAGCACUAUAUACACGCUUACAAUUCCUUAUUCAUGGGUACAAAUCGUCUUUUCGCGGACAAAGGCCUGGAUAUAAAUAGAGAGGAAUAUCCUAAAGGGUUCACUUUAUUCGCUUUUGACCUUACCCCGGAUGUGUCAGACGGAUGUCAUUUAAAUCUGAUUAAAAGUGGUAAUUUACGUCUUGAACUACAAUUUGACAGACCCCUCCCCAACACGGUCAAUUGCCUCGUAUUUUCAGAAUCCCAAGGACUGAUCCAGAUCGAUAGAAGCCGCAAUCUCAUUUAUGAUUAUCAGGGUUGAGAAAAUAAAAGGAUGGAUACUUCACAAAUUCAACAUGUGCUCGUGAACCACCCAGCCACGAAAGACCAGUUUAAAGGCGUUUUCGCCUUGGACCAACUUCCACGUAGGGUGAAUGACAAUAUUGGAUGUUACGUCGUAAAUACAGACCCAAGCACCAGCCCCGGUACCCACUGGGUAGCAUUAUAUUUCAACGACGGGAAGGGGACUUUUUUUGACUCGUAUGGAAACGCCCCUUUGUAUUAUGACAGGAAGCUUUAUAGUUUUAUGAUGGGAAAAUCUAUAACAAUGGACUAUAAUGAAAAGAGACUUCAAGGAACCCUUUCUUCCGUGUGUGGACAAUAUUGUAUAUUUUAUCUCAUCGGUCGUUGUAAAGGGUAUACGACGCGGGGUAUUUUAAAGGGGUUUGGGAAAGACCACAGUAGGAACGAUAUGAAGAUAAAUGAUUGGUUUAACAGGAAACAUAAUACAUCGUUGCCCGUUCUUGAUAUUAAUUUCACUCUUCGGCAAAUUGCACGAAGUAUCGAUGAAUUGUAAAUAAUCCGCUCGCCUAUCCUACACGUUGAUUUGUUUUACUUUGUAAAUAUACAUUUUGUUUUAAGUUUA